CCGCAUUGAUGCAUUGUGGGUAAUUGUAUACUAAAGACAAGGGUGUUAUUUCCUGUAGUCACGCUGGACCGAGAAAACGCACGUUUUUAUAUUCUUUCAUUACUGACCGCAAUUAUCUGCUAAGGCCGCAUUUGUUGUAACGUAGGUUUGAACGCUGGGCUUUUUAUCGCAAAGGUUUGGCUGUUAAAGCAGACGCGAUGACCCAGAGAUUCUUAUUUAACGCUUCUAUACAUUACAAAGACAUCUGCCCUGAGCUGUCGCGCUUUCUCAUGCAAAGGCAUCAGAGCAUUGCGUCUGCCCUGCCGGUGUCUAUGAUCUGCCCCUUCUGUUUCCAGUGGCGACAACUGGGCAAUCAUCACGUGCGUCUGCGGCCCAAGCGGAAGCCCACGGUGACGAUUAGAAGACUUCUGAAGAAAGAGUCGGCAGGAAAGAGACUGAGUGCAGAACAGACUGUAGUCCUUCAAAAGUUUAAAAGGGCCUCCAAUGCUCUGAUGGCAACGUGUCACACCUGUAAUAAGAUGUCCAGACAACCUGGAAUGAAUCGGGAGCUUUUGACUACGUUGUCAAAGAACCGAAGUACCCCAGGAAGUGCAGGCAAACACAGAACUCCACAGUCAGCCAACAGGUCUACUCCAAAAUCUGUAGUAGACAGAACGCCAAGUGGCACACCAAGGUCAGUAUCUUCAAACACCAGCUCGUCGUCAUCAAAGCCUGGCAGUGCAAAGUCGUCGCCUUUCGCCCGCCUCAAAAAGAUCCUUAUGCUGGAAACCAAACAGCAGAGUAAGAAAGGUGGUCUGAAGGACUUCCUUUCAUCUCUCUGAAGACCUCAGGGCCAUUAAAUUGAAAGACUCUGGCCCACUUUGAGUGGAGCUGCUGAAAUUCAGAGCAGGACGAUCACUCCUCCUUGUGUAUUACAAUGCCACCUAGCGGAGGAGUCAUUAGGCUGGAUUGUAUUGAAGGACAGUUUAAUAUUGAACAGAACAUCUACUUUUCUUCUAUCGAGAGUCUGUUUCUGAAUCUUUGUGGACAAGUGGGAAAAAAGUCCUUUUGUAGGGGAGUGUAACUUCUGCUACAGCACCAUGCUGUGACUUUUUUUAUUUGCCAUUUAAUUUCAUGAUCCCACAUAUUGUUCAUUUUUGUAUAAGAAAGAUAACUUUUAUAUGUUGUGUGUUUAAUGUUAAUUUUUGUACACUUUGGUUUGGAUCACUGAUAUUAAAAGAAGGAUUGUAUUUGCAUUUGGCUUACACACUGAUUUGUUUUUUUUGUUUUUUUUUAAAUACAACAUUUGUGCUGGGUUGUUUACAUUUGAUGGCUUAUUUGCCAUCAAACUACGUAGCAAAGACCAAAAAUAUUUCAUACGGAUUAUUUUUCUUCUCAAUACAUUUAAAAAGAAAGGUGAUGUUUUUGUCUUGUUUGAUCUUUGACAGAUCAUUUUCAAUAAAAAUUUAAAUAAUGAA